AUGAACGCACCCACAGCGGCACGCAGUCUCCUCCGCCGCGGCAUCCCCCGCCUGGCACCGCGCACCCUGACCGCGCGCCUGCAGACGAGACCGGUCAGCAGCCAGGACGACCUCGGCGGUCCGGGCGGGCAGAUGCCGCCGCCGCCGAAGCCUGGCGGCCCCGAGGCCAUCAAGCGCAACGGGCUUCUCUACGCUGGCAUCGGCCUCUUCGCGCUCGCCGCGUACGCGUACCUGUCGCAGCCGCGGGAGACGGAGCGCGCGGCGGGCAAGGCCAUGGCCGCGGGCGAGAGGGCCAAGGAGGCGGGCAAGCAGGAGCUGCGGAACACAAAGGAGGAGGUUGUGGGCGGCGUGCAGAAGAUGAGCGGCCGGGACACGGAUGGCCAGAAGGGGUUCCGGUCAGAGUAG